UGCUGCCUGAAGUUCUCCUCCAGGGUCUUCGUGUCUUCAGCCAUGCUGUGUGACACAACAAAUUGACUGCUCUGUUAGCACCGUGCAUGAGUACAGCCGGGACCAUGAUGAUCCCAAGCGUCAUCGCGCCUCCUGCCCUCUACCCGGGGCUGUACAGACCCGCCACGGCUCUGCCGCUCCACCAGACCCUGCCGUCCGCCUUCCCGACCCACUCCGGCUUUCUAGUGGAGGACCUGCUGCGGAUAAGCCGCCCCGCCGCCUUCAUAAACCGGACUGCCCCGUCGGCCAGUGGCUCCCCGCCCACCGCCACCACCACCGUGUCCUUCGGCUGCGCGCCCGCGGCCGCGGUGACGCGCGAGUCGCGCUCGCCGAAAAGCUCGCUGCCGAGCGGCAAGGACCCGACUUUCCUCAAGUUCGGAGUGAGCGCCAUCCUGGCGCCUUCACCAAAGACCGCGUCCUCACCCCCCAGCGUCCAAAGCCUGCACUCCAAGACCUUCCCCUUCCCCUGCUUUGACGGAACCUUUCACCCCAUAUUCAGGACGCCUUAUUUACCAGCGUCUUCAUCCGUUGUUCCCAUCCCGGGGACUUUUUCUUGGCCCCUGGCCGCCAGAGGGAAGCCGCGCAGAGGCAUGCUGAGGAGGGCGGUGUUCUCCGACGUGCAGCGCAAGGCCUUGGAGAAGAUGUUCCAGAAACAGAAAUACAUCAGCAAGCCCGACAGGAAGAAGCUGGCCUCCAAACUGGGGCUGAAAGACUCACAGGUGAAAAUCUGGUUCCAGAACCGGCGGAUGAAGUGGAGGAACUCCAAGGAACGGGAGCUGCUGUCGUCCGGCGGCUGCCGCGAGCAGACGCUGCCCACCAAGGCCAACCCGCACCCGGACCUCAGCGACGUGGGCAAGAAGUCCUCGGCCGAGGACGACGAGGAGGAGGAGGAGGAGGAGGAGGUCGAGUUCGGGAGAGAGAGAAUGAGGUCGGCAGGGUCCAGCAUCUCCUCUCCCUCUCUCUCCAGUAAGCACUCAGACUUCUCAGAGUCAGACGAAGAAGAAAUAACAGUAUCUUAAUUUAUUUAAACGAAAGCAAAUAUAGAGAUAUAACCCCGUGUUUUGUUUUUCCGAGACUGUGACCAGAUUUGUAAGAAACAAACCCCAUAAAUGUCAAUGCUCAAAAAAAAAAAAGAAAAAAAAAGUUUGUAGCUUCAUCAGGAUCUGCUUCUGAGAUACAAUUUGCUGUUUUGCACAGCUUUGUUGAAUUGUACAGUAUUUUGUACAAUUUUGUAUGGAAAUUUUAUGCCAAGAAUAUUGAGUUACUUUUGCCUUGACCUUGAAUAGAGUCGUUUUAUUGAAAAAUGUAGCUAUUUCGUUAAUAAUUUAUAUGAAUCUGUUUAAUAAGUAUGUUGUAUAAUGUGCUGUAUAUAUGUUUAUUUCACAUUUUUUGUACAAACACCAAAUAAAAUUGUAAACAGUU